GAUUUUAGGUUCGUACCAAGCAAUUUCUAGGGUCAAGGUGGAAAGAGCUACUGCAUGGGUGGGUGUAGACCGUGUAGCGCGCUGAGUAAGAUUGCUUGCAAUCGCCUCCAGAAGGAGCUGGUAGAGUGGCAGGUCAACCCUCCCGCCGGUUUCAAACACCGAGUUACCGAUAAUCUUCAGAGGUGGGUCAUUGAAGUAAAUGGAGCUCCUGGAACUCUAUAUGCAAAUGAAACUUACCAGCUUCAGGUUGAUUUCCCCGAGAAUUACCCGAUGGAAUCCCCCCAGGUUAUAUUUCUUCAUCCAGCACCUUCGCACCCUCAUAUUUAUAGCAAUGGACAUAUUUGUUUAGAUAUCUUGUACGAUUCAUGGUCCCCUGCCAUGACAGUUAGUUCUAUCUGUAUCAGCAUUCUCUCCAUGCUGUCAAGCUCAACCGUGAAGGAACGUCCUGAAGACAAUGACCGCUAUGUAAAGAACUGUAGAAAUGGCCGAUCUCCAAAGGAGACCAGGUGGUGGUUCCAUGAUGAUAAAGUUUAAUCAGCAUUGCAUCUCAUCUCAUUGCACCAAUUGUAAGUUAGCUAAUAGAUAGCUUCCUUUCUUAAAGGACAAAUGGAAACAAAGAGGAGAACAAAGCAUUUUCCUGAGCCGAGCUAAAUGCUUAUUAACUCCUUUAAAUGCAUAUGCCUGGUAUUUGUAGAGGAAGAACUCUUUUCUGGUUCUACCAUCUUGUAAGGAACAAACUUACUUGGCUCUUUGCUGCAUAAACCGUGCAAGAGAAGCUCGGUGCCUUAUAAGCACCUUAAAAAGAGACCAUCUUAUGGAAUCUAUUUCCAAAAUUUCUGUUUAAAUUUGGCAGAUCCUUAAUCUAUCAUGAUGUAAUCAAGUAGUGUUAAAGAU